CUCUUCCGGCAGUGGUUGCCGGCGUGCCUCUGAACGCCUGUAGUAGCGGUGCUGGUUGCCGGGACAGGCCGGAGCUGCAAGACCUUCGCGUCUGUUCUGCGCUAGCCAUGAGGCUGCUGGGAACCGCCGCCGCCGCCGCCGCCGCCGCCGCGGCUGUGGAGAGCCGGCCGCUCCCGCGGGUCCCCGCCGCCCUGGGUUGGCAAUGGAAGCAGGCUAAUUGGAAGAUUUGCCGAUGGUGUUCAUCAGGGGUGAUACCUAAUGAAAAGAUACGAAAUAUUGGAAUCUCAGCUCACAUUGAUUCUGGGAAAACUACAUUAACAGAACGAGUGCUUUACUACACUGGCAGAAUUGCAAAAAUGCAUGAGGUAAAAGGUAAAGAUGGAGUUGGUGCUGUCAUGGAUUCCAUGGAACUAGAAAGACAAAGAGGAAUCACUAUUCAGUCAGCGGCCACCUAUACCAUGUGGAAAGAUGUCAAUAUCAACAUUAUAGAUACUCCUGGGCACGUGGACUUCACAAUAGAAGUUGAAAGAGCCCUGAGGGUGCUGGAUGGUGCCAUCCUUGUUCUCUGCGCCGUUGGAGGGGUGCAGUGCCAGACCAUGACGGUUAAUCGUCAGAUGAAGCGCUACAGUGUUCCAUUUCUAACUUUCAUUAACAAACUCGACCGAAUGGGCUCCAACCCAGCCAGGGCCCUGCAGCAAAUGAGGUCUAAAGUAAGUCAUAAUGCAGCAUUUGUGCAGUUACCCAUUGGUUUGGAGGGUGAUUUUAAAGGUAUUAUAGAUCUUAUUGAGGAACGAGCCAUCUAUUUUGAUGGAGACUUUGGUCAGGUUGUUCGAUAUGGGGAAAUUCCAGCAGAAUUCAGGGCGGCGGCAGCUGACCACCGGCAGGAGCUGAUUGAAUGUGUUGCUAAUUCAGAUGAGCAACUUGGUGAGAUGUUUCUGGAAGAAAAAAUUCCCUCAAUUUGUGAUUUAAAGCUCGCAAUUCGAAGAGCCACUCUGAAUAGGUCAUUUACUCCUGUCUUUUUGGGAAGCGCCUUGAAGAACAAAGGAGUUCAGCCUCUUUUAGAUGCUGUUUUAGAAUACCUCCCAAAUCCAUCUGAAGUCCAAAAUUAUGCUAUUCUCAAUCAGGAUGACUCACAAGAGAAAACCAAAAUCUUAAUGAACCCCCAAAGAGACAAUUCCCAUCCAUUUGUAGGCCUGGCUUUUAAACUGGAGGCAGGUCGAUUUGGACAGUUAACUUAUGUUCGAAAUUAUCAAGGACAGUUGAAGAAGGGUGAUACCAUCUAUAAUACAAGGACGAGAAAGAAAGUACGGGUGCAACGGCUGGUUCACAUGCAUGCCGACACGAUGGAGGAUAUUGAGGAAGUGUUUGCCGGAGACAUCUGUGCAUUGUUUGGCAUUGACUGUGCUAGUGGAGACACAUUCACAAACAAAGAUAAUAGUGGCCUUUCUAUGGAGUCAAUUCAUGUUCCUGAUCCUGUCAUUUCAAUAGCAGUGAAGCCUUCUAACAAGAAUGAUCUGGAAAAAUUUUCAAAAGGCAUUGGCAGGUUUACAAGAGAAGAUCCCACAUUUAAAGUCCACUUUGACACUGAGAGCAAAGAGACAAUUUUAUCUGGAAUGGGAGAAUUACACCUGGAAAUCUAUGCUCAGAGGAUGGAAAGAGAAUAUGGCUGUCCUUGUAUCACAGGAAGGCCAAAAGUUGCUUUCAGAGAAACCAUUACAGCCCCUGUCCCGUUUGAGUUUACACAUAAAAAACAGUCAGGUGGUGCAGGCCAGUUUGGAAAAGUGAUAGGUGUACUGGAGCCUUUGGACCCAGAGAACUACACUAAGUUGGAGUUUUCAGAUGAAACAUUCGGGUCAAAUGUUCCAAAGCAAUUUGUCCCUGCUGUAGAAAAGGGGUUUUUGGAUGCCUGCGAGAAGGGCCCUCUGUCUGGUCACAAGCUCUCUGGGCUCCGGUUUGUCCUGCAAGAUGGAGCAUAUCACAUGGUGGAUUCCAAUGAAAUCUCUUUCAUCCGCGCAGGAGAAGGUGCUCUUAAACAAGCCCUGGCAAAUGCCACAUUAUGUAUUCUUGAACCUAUUAUGUCUGUGGAAGUUGUAGCUCCAAAUGAAUUUCAGGGGCCAGUGAUUGCAGGAAUUAACCGGCGCCAUGGAGUAAUCACGGGACAAGAUGGAAUUGAGGACUAUUUUACACUAUAUGCAGAUGUCCCUCUAAAUGAAAUGUUUGGUUAUUCUACUGAACUUAGGUCAUGCACAGAGGGGAAGGGAGAAUAUACAAUGGAGUACUGCAGAUAUCAGCCAUGUUUACCAGCUACACAAGAAGACCUUAUCAAUAAGUAUUUGGAAGCUACAGGUCAACUUCCUGUAAAAAAAGGAAACGCCAAGAACUAACUUUCCUCACCUUGUUGACUAACUUUAACUGUAUCUGCAAGGUUUAGAUACGUUAAUGGAUUCAUGGAAUAAAUUCAGCCUGAAAAGAAGUAAUUUUAGAAGCCCUUCCUAUUAUAUUCAGGAGCUUCUGUUAUAUCAGUUAAUUCUGUGUAUAUCUCAACGGUUGAUUGGUUUUAUACCUCAAAUAAAAUACGAUUAUUACUGAAAUAUAUUUAAUAUUUAUUUGAGGGAGGAAGAUACUUAUUUCUGUUAUACUGAAUAAGCUUAGAACAUGUAUAAACGUCCACAUUUUUUCAUCAUAAGAAUUUUCAACAUACAGAAAAGCUGAAAAAAUAGUGCAAAGAACAGCCAUAUACCUUCCAUCUAGACUCAACAAUGAACAGUUUUGUCAAGUGUUUAUCAGAUAAUAAUUUGUUUUGUCAUGUUUGCUUUUUCUGUUUGUUGUCCAUCUGUGUUGCAUACUUUCAUUCUUCAAGUUGUUUUGCUGUAUACUUGAAAGUGAAUUGCAUAUAUCAUGACACUUCUUGGAGUAUCACCUUUUUUGUUUAAGAGUGGAUUCCUCUGUGACAACUGGGAUAGCUAGCCCUAGAGGGUAUCAUGCUAAGUGAAAUAAGUCAGAGAAAGACAAAUAGUGUAUGAUUUUACUUAAAUGUGGAGUCUAAAAAGCAAAACAAGUGAACAAACAUAACAAAAUGGAAACAGCCUCACAGAUACAGAAAACAACCCAGUAGAUGGUGGUCAGAGGGGAGGGAGGGGCAGGAGGGGUGAAAUAGGUGAGGGAGAUGAAAAGGUGCAAACUUCAUUACGAAAUAAAUGAGGCACAGGGAUAAAGUGUUUUCUUAAAAAAAAAAUGGAGAACACUUUUCAGAUUUUCUAUUGCUAGCUAAAUUUCUAGCUGUUUUAUAUAGAGCUGAUUGCUUCAAUUUGUGGCUUCUGCAGAUUUUGAACUGCUUGUUUUUAGGAGUAUAAAUGUUACUUUUUUGCAGACCUGUGAGGUAAAAAAAAGGCCCUUGCAUAUGCUAUUCUUGUCUAUGUUCAUUUUAAUGUUUCUGCAGCUUGGAAAUAAUAACCUACAGGGUU